CAAAAGUUGAAUAUCUUGAAAUAUGUAUUAUGUAGUAAAUCAGUAAAUAAUUAAUCAGUUAAAGAAACAGUUGACGACAGACUAGACAGAUUACAUUUCGUUUAAUAUUUUGACGUGAUUUUGACUGAACCUAUUGUUAAACCAGACUGUGCUACAAUUGCUUACCCAAACCUACGUUAUACAAAAUGAACCAUGUGGCACGCAACGACGACAAACCACCAUAUUCCAGAAUUUUCAUAGUUUGCAGCAAACAAUACCGCGAACACGACUUACGACCGUUUUUUGAAAAGUAUGGCGAAAUUGAAGACAUGUACCUACCAAGGGACCGCAACACAGGCGAGACUAGAGGUAUCGCUUACAUUAAAUAUGCUAAAACAUCAUCAGCAGCCACUGCCAUAGAGGAAUUACACAUGACUACCUUACUUGACAAUCACAAACCCAUCAAAGUUAUGGUCGCCUCUGACAAAAAUGACUAUCAAAGUAACAGUUACGACAAAUACAGAAGACUAUUUAUCAAAGUUCCCAAAACGAUGACUGAGAAAGAAAUUCGGCAAUAUUUUUCCAGUUAUGGAAAAGUUGAGUCAGUGCGUUUACAGAGAGACAAAUUGACUGACGAAAGUAAAGGAUUUGCUUAUGUGAAUUUUACAACUUUUUCGGAAACUGCGAAAGCGUUUGAGCAGUGUGAUAAAACGUAUAAAGCUAUUUUUGCCACACCGAAAGAUGAGCUUAAAAGGCCCAGGAACAGUUUAGAAGGACUUGACUGCUAUUCCAGUAAUUCUAAUCUAACUAAAUCUCAUGUUUAUGCUGAUCACGGCCAUCAUGUUAACGAUGAGUUUAAUAAAGAUUAUUUGACAUUAAUUUCAAAGACUAAAGAACAAGACUUUGACACUGUGUCAGUUAAAUGCACACCACCAGUGCUACAAAAACACCUUGAAAGACUGUUUAAUAUUGUACCAGGAAUGAUUGAAUUUAAAUACACUAUGGACCAAGGUAACCGUGUUUGUCGAGCAUCAGUUACAUAUGACAGUCAAAAGGCAGCAGCUUAUUCUGUCGAAACUAUAAAUAAUUUUGAAUAUCCAUCUGGAGAGGUUAUCAGUGUUAAACCUGACAUUAGCCCACUCACCAAAGCAACUUCUACCUUGAAUAACAUAGUUAAUAAUAUUAAAAACUCUGUAGAUGGAAACCCAAAUCUAUUGCAGCUUGCAGAUGCCAUAGCACAGGCUUCCUCGUUAAUAAAAACAGCUACAAUUGGAAGGAAAAGCCCAAUAGAUGAUAAAGAUGAUGGUUUCUGUAAUGUAUGUCUUCCCCCUAUAAAACCCUUGGCUAGCAGUAACUGCAGAGUCGCUCAGAGAUGUUUCUUAGUCUUUAGACCCCAUCCACCUCCCAUGGCAGCUUUGAUGAAUGCUUUUUGUAGAUUUGGUGGCCUCAUAGAAAUAACGACAUACCCUAACAAGAAUUUUGCUUUUGCUAAAUAUGAUUCAGUGAAGUCAGCACAGGAAGCAAUUAAAACUCUAAAUGGUGCAACUUUAUGUGGGGUGAAUCUGAAAGUGUUGGAGGCUGAGGAAAAAAAUACGAAAGAGAAGAUGUGUGUUGACGAUGAUGAUGACAUAGAGAGAAAACGGAUGAAGUUAAACAACAAAGACUGACAGUUUUGUAAUUGUAGUAAAUUAAAAUUAUUUUUUAUGAUAUUUGAAACUGACUGAUUGACCUCUUCUUCUACUUCAUCAUUCCCUCGCUGCUGACGAUCGCGACCACAUGUCCUCAUUUUAGCACAUCAUGUGU